UGCUUAAUAAAAUAUGAUGCAUUGCUAACUUAUGCGAGCUAUGUUAUACAAAGUUAAAGCACUUUUGGUGUAAAAGUAGAUUUGACUACUUACAGUUGUUUGCUGAAGUUCAAUUUUGAAUGCUGAAUUAGUUAAUUGCAUUUUCUCCACUGUGGUAUUACUGACCUAACGUUAGGCUACUUAUAUUUAAACUCAAUAAAAUUGAGUGGCAAAACAUACACUGUGAGACCAACAGGAGCUUUAGGUUAGCUGACAACCUCAGUCUUUCAUGGUUGUUUUCAGUGUAAAGGCUUGCAUGUGCAUCACUCAGUAUAUUUGUCCCAAAGUGCAUGUUCUUGGCUUCCUGACCAUCAGACCAGCUGUGCUGCAGGCUGGCACAGGUCCAGUGUGCAUGUGUAGAGUAACUAUGCGAGGGUUUGGGCUUUUUGAGUUGUGUGAGAAGGAGGGCGACAGGCCACCUGCCAUAGAGGCUUGCCCUGUUUGGAUCCCCAGCCCUGCCUUUUAACUGGGAGCCAAGUUGAGGUUCUUUCAUGUGGGCCUGAUCUCCUUAAGACAUCAGCAAAUAUUGAACAAGACUCAGUCCAAACUCAAACACAUCUGUUGUCUUAUAGUCUCCACUGUUAGGCACAGACAAGGAGAGAGAGUGCGAACACCAGUGGGUCUGUUGCAUUAGCUUCGAUGUGUGGACAGAAAGCUAUAGUUUAUACUUUGCAAACACAAAUGCUAACUUUUGACGAGUUUAGGCUAAACCAUGUUCCACUGUAAACAAAUAUGGGGCUGUGUGAAAGAAAUGGAGUUUGGUAUGACAAGGCAGCCACUGACUGCCAGAUUUGGGCUGAAGAUCAGAAAUGAGAUAAGACGAACAGAUAGCCAACAUUUAAUAUCCCUCAGUCAUGUUGUAGAAUCAGUCAGCAGUAUUUUGGGACCGUUUUGGACAGAUAAGGAGGACAGUUGUAUUUUAGAAUUAGGAUAGAUUAUGGAAUUAAGUACUUUUCUCAAAUACUUGGAGCUAUAAGAGAACGCAUAUUAGAGGAAGUGUAAUGCAUGCAAAACUUAAAACAGACAAAAAGCCUCACAAAUGCAAAUACAUAUUCUUGAAUCAACAGUAAACAGACUGAUAGGCACACAAUAAACAGGCUGUUGAACUUGCUGUACUGUGAGCUGAACUGUUUCAUCAUAGUUUUGGUGUUUCAGUGUGCAUUUAAUAUCCUGCAACUGUGUCUUAAUAUACUUUAUAUUUGUUGUCAGAUUUUCAGGUUUUUCUGAUCCCACAUAACUGAAGUCAUACAGCUCCAUCCAUCACAAAAAAAACUUGGGUAGGAGUUGGGUUGGGUCAACACUCACAGCAUUCUCAUAGUCAUUGAAACUCACCUUGUGCGACUGGUAUAGCUAGUUACACCCAGUCCAGCCUGUACACCAAUCGCCUGCCUUAAAAGUCGUCUUGAAGCAGGAAAGGGCACUAACUACAUGUUGUGUUGCCUGCAACCCUUCCUCAUUGACAUCAUAUUUAGGAUGGUUGAGCUGCCUCUGAAAUUUACUGGUGCUCUCGGUGGAGACUGAUUUAGUCUGUGGCUUUGUCAACCUGUUCGGUGGAGGUCGACUGGACAGUUAUCACUCAAGAUGGAUGUCAAGAAAAAGACCUUCUUGGAGAACUUGCGUCUCAAAACUAAGUUGGUCAACCUGAAGAAGCCAGGGAAGAAGGCCUUUGGAAAGCGUGGAAAGAAGCUGGCUCAUCGGCGCAGUAUUUCUGUACCAGACCUAAGGUUUGUGCCAGCUGAAGCAUUUUCUACAGACAGUGCCACUCCUUCUGAUGCCAUCUCCUUCAGCAACUCCCGUGGUGAGAGUGAUACUGAUUCUGUUGCCAGUGGCUCCGUCGUCGAUGGACUCCUUUUCACAGACAAACUGAACGAUUCAUUCCCAGAAAGUAGACUCAAAGUUCCCAUAGAUCGCACAGCUGCUGCUUUGAAUAGAAUAAGUUCACCAUUGGGGACACCUAGCCUUCAUGAGGAAAUUGAAAAUACGAUAAAUCCAGGCUCACAGAAAACGAUGAACUUGACUCGAGAAGGGCAAAGAGCCAAGGGGAAUGCACCUUUAUUUACUUUUGACCCUAUUCCUAAACCAAGAAGUGUUUUUACCAACGCACUUCCACCAAGACCAGACAUUGUAGGGAAAGAGAAUCUCUCUGGUGAAGACACCCCAACAGCCAUAGUGCCUUCAAGUGCUGUUGCUGCAGUAUUGGCAAGAGCAAGCUCAAUGGGAGAACAAAUGAAGCCUUACACAGAAAAGAGGACCACAGCAUUUGAGUAUAGAGAGUCAUCAUCUGAAAAAGGAACUCCGCCAGCAACCAGAGCAAAUGCUCAGGGUACACCUUUGGAGAGUGCAGAUGGUACCUCUUCACCUCCUUCCUGUGGCAGUCCCAGUGAGGAGCGAGUCAACAUGCCCUGGACGACAGACUCGGAUGAUCUUGACCGAGAAUUUUGCUCUUACGUUUUGACGGAAGAGGCUCCGCUAGAAGAAGCCCAGCCUGAGGAGGAGCUAGAAGAAACGACAGAGGUGUCCCGUGGACCGAAUUAUUUCUUUGACGAAAACAUGCAAGAUCCUCUAGAAAACUCUCAGUUUAUGACAGCAGGGCCUGACGUCCAAGCAAUUGACCCAUCCCAGAGAUACCUCCUGAACAUCAACCUAAAGCAGGGAAGGAACCUGGUCACCCGAGACAAGCGGUCCGGCACCAUUGAUCCUUAUGUGAAGUUCAAACUUGAAGGAAAACAGUUUUAUAAGUGCAAAGUGGUUUAUAAAAGCCUGAAUCCACGGUGGAAUGAGUCCUUCUCCCAUCCUCUUCGAGACAGAGAGCAUGUCGUGGAAGUUCGGGUCUACGAUAAAAAUCGGACCGCUGAUGAGUUCAUGGGUUCCAGCACUAUUUCCCUAAAGCAUCUUCAAUUGUACAAAACCUAUGAAAUGGAGUUGCAUCUUGAUGAUCCGAAAAGUAAAGAAGAUGACAUGGGAGUUAUUCUUGUUGAUGUCUGCUUAAUGUUUAGAGAUGCCACCAUCAAAAGAAGCCCUAGAUGGCGACCAAAGAAGAAUAAGCAGAACCAGGCCGCACUAUCCACACGGCCAGCUGAGACACAGAGGAAUCAGCUGAAGAACCAGAUGUGGACUGGGGUGCUUGGUAUCACCUUAGUGGAGGGACAGGACCUGCCACAGCAUGGCCAUGGGGACAUUUACGUCCGCUUUCGCCUUGGUGAUCAGAAGUACAAGAGCAAGAACCUUUGCAUUCAGGCCAAUCCCCAGUGGAGAGAGCAGUUUGACUUCAAUCAGUUUGAAGAUAACCAGGAACCUCUGCAGGUGGAGGUGUACUCAAAGAGAGGAAGGAAGUGUGAGGAAUCAUGGGGGUUGUUUGAGAUUGACCUAUCGAGACUUCCACUUAAUGAAAGGCAGCUCUACACUCAUGUGCUGGACCCAGGAAAGGGCAGGCUGGUGUUUCUGGUCACCCUGAGACCCUGCUGGGGAGUCUCCAUCUCUGACAUUGAAACAGCUGCCUUGGGAAACCCUGAUGAGAGAGACACAGUAGUGAAGAGAUUUAGCUUAAAGAACUCACACAAGUGUGUGGGGGAGGUUGGCUUACUUCAGGUCAAAGUUGUAAAGGCAAAUGAUCUUCCUGCCACAGACCUCAAUGGAAAAAGCAACCCUUUCUGUGUUGUUGAGCUUGGUAACAGCAAACUUCAAACUCACACAAUCUACAAGACCCUAAAUCCGGAUUGGAACAAAGCCUUUACGUUCCCAAUAAAGGACAUUCAUGAUGUGAUAGAGUUAACUGUCCUUGAUGAAAAUGGAGACAAAGCCCCAAACUUUUUGGGGAAAUUAGCAAUUCCAUUACUUACUGUUCAAAAUGGGCAGGAGAUAUGUUUGUUCUUGAAAAAAGAAGACUUGGGAGGUACAUCAAAAGGAACCAUCACACUUGUGCUGGAGGUUAUCUAUAACAAAGUCAGAGCUGGAAUCAGAACCUUUCAACCAAAAGAAAUGAGAUUAAUGGAGGAAAACGUGAAGUUCUCCAAAAAGGUUCUUGCCCGGAAUAUUUAUCGGGUUCGAAAAAUCAGCACAGCAGUUCUGUACACGUUACAGUACAUUAAAAGCUGUUUUCAGUGGGAGAGCACGCAACGGAGUCUAAUAGCCUUUCUGAUCUUCCUUGUGACGGUGUGGCACUGGGAGCUCUUCAUGCUGCCCCUCUUCCUGGUUCUGCUCCUUGGCUGGCAGUACUUCCAGCUCACUGGGGGGAAGGCCAGCCCGAACCUGGACCUGGUGAACAUGAGCAUGGGUGACGACGAAGAGGAAGACGAGAAGGAAUCCGGGAAAAAGGGUUUGAUGGAUAAGAUACAUAUGGUGCAGGAAGUAGUGCUGACUGUCCAGAAUGUUUUGGAGGAAAUCGCAAACAUUGGAGAGCGAAUCAAGAACAUAUUCAACUGGUCUGUCCCAUUCAUGUCGUGCCUGGCCUGCUUGGUGCUGUUUGUGGCAACAGCGCUAUUAUACUUUAUCCCGCCACGAUAUAUUGUGCUGAUAUGGGGCGUUAACAAAUUUACCAAGAAGCUGCGCAACCCAUAUACCAUUGACAAUAAUGAAACACUGGAUUUCCUCAAGAGGGUGCCUUCUGAUGUUCAAAAGGUGCAGCACAGCGCGCUGAGAGCGCCCACCAGCCAGAACCAGCCGCGGAAGAAAAGGUAAGCGGCGCGGACACGCUGGAUGAAAGGCUGGUCUCCCUUUGAAUAUGGUACGACGCAGUCCACCUGACAACAAUGCUCCAGUGCCAGCAGAGCCCAUGACCCUGUGCACCCCCACCAUACCACCCUAACUCUGCCUCCUGCUGCUGAGGGGCAGCCAGCCGCUCUCUGGCUUGUGUGUUUGCCACCCCCCUGACAGAGGCUGUGAACUGCAGCAGCUAGGAGGGCAGCACAUGGCGCUGUCAAUCACAAGCCUGGAGGUAAAGAAAAGAGAGCGCUGCAAGGCUCAGCCUUCAUCUUUGGAAAUAAUUUAGAAAAGGAAUGAAAAGCGUCGGGUUUGGCUUACCUUAGACCUCCACGGCUUUGCUUUUCUUUUCUUUUUGACUUUGGUGAAACUAAGAAAUUUGACUUCAGGUUAAGUUAAUACAAGCAGUUUAUGGAAAACAAACCAUCGCAAUCUUUUUUUUUCUAUAUCCAUGUGUUAAUAUA